AAGACGCCUCCCUUGUUGAUCGCAAUUGUUAUUGUUUUGCUGCUCCGAAUGGCGUGGACGUCAACAGCAAAGAGGUUUGCGGUUAGAGAGGGAGAGAUUUACAGUGCUCUUGCCGCAUUCAAUCGGUGGGAUGAGAUCGACGACUCAGAAGAAUGGCAAAGACGCAUUUACUAUGCCUUAUCUCUAUCUUAUGCCUUGGUUUCCCUUGUUGCCCUGGUACAACUGCUGCGCAUUCAUUUAAGAGUACCAGAAUAUGGUUGGACAACACAAAAGGUUUUCCACUUGAUGAAUUUUCUUGUGAAUGGAUUGAGGGCUGUCCUCUUUGGUCUCUACAAAAGUGUGUUCCUUAUUAGGCCAGAGGUAGUUGAAAUGGUUCUUAUGGAACUACCCGGUCUUCUAUUUUUUUCGACCUACACACUACUUGUUUUGUUCUGGGCUGAGAUAUAUCACCAGGCAAGAAGCCUACCAACUGACAAGCUUAGGCCUGCUUACUAUGCAGUAAAUGGAUUUAUAUAUUUACUACAGGUGUGCAUCUGGAUAUUCAUAAGAUUAAGCCCAAGUUCUGCUGCAGUGGAAGCUGCUAAACUCUUCUUUUCAGCUGUUUCAUUCUGUGUUGCUCUAGGAUUUAUAAUAUAUGGUGGGAGGUUAUUUGUCAUGCUGAGGUGCUUCCCCAUAGAGUCUAGAGGUCGUCAGAAAAAGCUAUAUGAGGUUGGCUGUGUCACAGGAAUUUGUUGUACUUGUUUCUUGAUAAGAUGCCUUGUGCUUGCUCUCUCUGCAUUUGAUGAGGAUUUAGAUGUUGAUGUUCUGGAUCAUCCCAUCCUGAACCUAAUAUAUUACGUGGUGGUAGAGAUUAUUCCAUCUGCUCUCGUGCUCUUCAUCCUGCGAAAGUUGCCCCCAAGGCGGGUCUCAGAUCAGUAUCACCCCAUCAACUGAAUCUGUCAUUUCAAUUUAACA